AUGGCAGGCGGUGAUGACGCCCCGGCGAGCCCGCUGCCCCCGAGGCGCCCUCCUCUCGGCCACCGACACUCGAGCACCUCGUCGCAUGUAUCCCAGUCCCCGAGCGACUCGACCACCAAGGCCCACCACAAACCCGCACACCACAAGCCCCAGCGACAUGUUGUCAGCCACCACAAUCGCAUGGGCUCGCGCAAUCCAAGCUUCCACCGUUCUCUGAGCAAGAUCAAGAUCCAACAGCACGAUUCACGUCAGCACGACGACGACGAGCCUCCAACGCCGAAAGCGAAACAGCAGGCCUCGGUAGCCUCUCAAUCCACCCUCGUACCGCCGAGCCCGGCCAGGCCCAACAUGAAGCGCAACAAUACGUCUGUUCACCUUCCACGAAACCACUCACACACCGGCCUCAAGAAAAACCUGUCCAGUGGCCAAUUGUCUCGUCUUACCGCCGGGAAAACCACUUCACAUGGCCGCACUACCAGCCAGCACCAACGACCCGAUAUCCGCCGCGCUCACACACAACCAUACAAGCGAUCCAAAAGUCCUGCGCCGAAAGCUUCCCAGGUGGCAUUCGACGUUGGGGACGACGACGAUGAUGAUGAUGGUGAAGAGAUGGAAGGUGUUGACGACCAAUGGACAGAAGAGAGCGCCUCGGCCUCGCCCAAUACCACACGCGACAAUACACGAAACAACACCCGCCAGAACUCGGUCGUCCUAGAUCCCAAGCUGAAUCCCUACGCCCGUCAGCUCGCCGAGGAAGAAGCUGCCGCCGACUCUUCGGGGAGCGACACGGUUGGCUCUCGUAGUCCGCCCAAACCCACCAAAGCUCCUGUCGCUCUCACCAUUCGCACCAAGGAUUUUGCUGCUCCUCAAGCUGCUCCUACUUCUGCACCGCAACAGCACUUACAACAACAGCAACCACCCACUUCAUCAUACAAUGCUCAGGUUGCUCAGCAACACAUGCCUGAUGCUGACGCUAUCGCACGGCGCCUACUCGAAAGAAACUCAGCCUUGAAUGCUGCUCCUCCGAGGGUGUCGUCUGUCUCUGCUCUGGCAAACCCAAAUUCUGCCGACUCAAAGAGUUUGUCGGCCUCGAACGCUGGACAAUCUGUUACAGGUGGCUCAACCACACCACUGGUCUCGCGUUUCAUCUCCAACGACGGCAUCAACAGUAAGGAUGGGACGCCAGCCGACCAAUCGGGUUUCCUACAAGGUCCCAAAGGCCACUCUCGCACCAUAUCGCAAGCCCAGACGCGUAAAGAACAAUCAGACCUAUACCGCAAUCAAUCUACUCCCAACUUUGCUUCUCAGAAACAGCCCCCUACCCCAUCGGGCUCGGGUGCUGUCACGCCAGACCCGGCUUUGAACCAAAGCAGAACGCAACAAAAGCUAUGGCUACAACGUGGUCUCUCCAAUAUCGAGGCCAGUUCACAACCCCACCUACCCGGUCUGUUGCCCACAGGCCGUGCCCAAGCCAUGCGCACCCCGCACGCCGGCAAGCAGUUUGAGUUUGUCGACAAGGAAUGGGCCGUCGUACGUCGCUUCCAAAACCCACUCGAUGCAGGUCUCGAACGACUGCGGAAAAUGAAUGGAGGCUCUUUACCCGGGAAACCAAGCAAGUCAAAAGCAGGCGCAGCUCAACAACAUACGAAUAGCGGCGUCAAUGGGCACCGAAGGGGCCCUUCCAAUGCAGCAUCCAUCGCUAGUAAGAAGAGCGAUGCCACUAUUGUCGCAGGCCCGGAGCACUCGACAGCAGGCAGAAAGUCUCGUGUCAGUUUCCACAUGGGCGAAGCUGAAGGCGACAAUGACGAUGACGAGCAUGAAGAGCACAACUCACGGUCUGACCGCGAAACACCUGCAGACAUCGCUCGCAGGUUAUGGGAUGCACCCAUUGGUAUACAAGUAGAGGGGUAG